AUGCUUCCUCUUGGCGAUGUCAUCCCCAGACCUGAGGUCAACUUCUACAUGUAUGCUGGUGACACCCAAAUCUACAUCUCCUCCUCAUCCAGCUGCAUCUCCCAGUCCACUGAUGUCCUGUUUACCAAACCCCUGACGUUUGCGGAUUGUGUCGGGGAUGAGCUUCCUCUGGGCUGGGAAGAUGCCUACGAUCCUCAGGUUGGCAUCUUCUAUAUUGACCACAUCAACAAAACUACACAGUUAGAGGACCCACGGGCACAAUGGAGGAAGGAGCAGGAGAGAAUGCUGAAAGACUAUCUGAUGGUGGCCCAGGAUGCCCUCAGCACUCAGAAAGAACUGUACCAAGUGAAAGAGCAGCGACUGGCUCUAGCCAUUGAUGAGUACAUGCGCUUGAAUGAUGUUUGGAAGGACAAGUCCAGCUCCCGCACAAGUUUGUUCUCAGGAUCUUCAUCAAGUACUAAAUAUGACCCUGAUAUCCUCAAGGCAGAAAUAUCCACCACAAAAGUCAGGGUCAACAAACUGAAGAGGGAGCUUUCCCAGAUGAAACAAGAGCUGUUGUACAAAGAGCAAGGGUUUGAAACCCUACAGGAAAUUGACCGGAAGAUGUCUGGAGUCCAGAACGGUUAUGAACUAAAGGAGGCUAAAGCCAUCUUGACUGAGCUGAAAACGAUCAAAAAGGCUAUUACUUCUGGGGAGAAAGAGAAGCAAGAUCUAAUGCAGAGCCUGGCCAAACUCAAAGAUCGAUUCCAUUCCAGUCGAAGUGUGGGAACCUUGGAGUCAGAGUUACAGUCCAAAACAUCCAAUUCCCAAUUCUCCAUCUCCAGGCAGUGUCUGGAUGCUGGCUCUCAAACGGAUAUCACAGGCGAAUUUAGCUCAAGAAGCCGAGCUAAUCUUGCUGAGAAGGUCAGACUGAGUCUUCAGUAUGAAGAGGCUAAGAGAAGAAUAGCGAAUAUAAAAAUCGAAUUGUCGAAGCUGGACUCCGAGGCAUGGCCUGGGGCUCUGGAUGUCGAGCGAGAUAAGUUGAUGCUGAUCAAUGAAAAGGAAGAACUUCUGAAAGAACUGCAAUUCGUGACAUUGCGGAAAUGCUCACAGGUGGAGCUGGAGCGACUGGAAGUGGAGAGGAAGCAACUGGAGGAGGACCUGCUCUCUACUCAGAGCACACCAAGUGAAGCACUCGCUGAGAGACUGAAGUUGCAAGAGAAGAGGAGGGGUUUAAUACGGCAGCUUGAAGAUGCCACACAGCUCACCACGUUUUUGCAUUCACAGCUGAAAAGCUUGUCAGCCAGCACAUUGUCCGUUUCCUCUGGGAGCAGCCUUGGGUCACUGACAUCCAGCCGGGGGUCCCUCAAUACGUCCAGCAGGGGAUCUCUGAACUCGCUUAGCUCUACCGACCUUUAUUACAAUCAGUCAGAUCAAGUGCCUGAUUUGGACUACCAGUACAAGCUGGACUUCAUGCUUCAAGAAAAGACUGGUUACAUUCCUUCGGGGCCCAUAACCACCAUCCAUGAAAACGAGGUGGUCAAGUCCCACAAAAACCUGCAUUUCGGGGAAUCUGCUGACUCCUCUGCUGCAGGACAUGCUGUGAAAUCAUUAGUUGAGCCACCGAAAUCCGUGACCUCAUUAUCCUCCAGAUCCUCGCUUUCCUCCUUGUCUCCCCCUGGUUCUCCGCUCGUCUCAGAUGCAGUAUUUCUAUCAUCAGCCCAAGAUUCGCCCUUGCAUCACCUCGGUGCAGACUUCGAAGAGUGUGAAAUGCAACGCGAUUUCCCAGGUCUCAGAUUGUAUGGCAAUAGUGAAAACCAAAUCUUGCUCGAGCCUGACCAAGCUACCAGGACUCAAGCACCUUACCUGAACCUUGAAUCUGGAAUUUCAAACAGAACUGGGCAAUACCUGAAUGAAGUUAAAGGCCUUAAUGAUGACCUUGCGGUUCCUCUCUCGACUCUAAGUGAAGGCAUUGCAGCUGUCGAUCUACAAGGAGGACCGGUGGGUCAUCUACUUGAAGAGAAAACCACGUGUGUGUCUGCUGCCGUUUCUGAUGAAUCCGUCGCUGGAGACAGUGGAGUUUAUGAGGCUUCUGUCAAACGGUCAAAUGAAGCUGAAGAUGCGGUUUACGAUGACGAUGAUCUCAACACUUCAGAUGCAGCUCAAAUCCAAAUAGGACUGAAGUACGAUACCAUCAAUGCAAAUUUUAUUAUAAUCGUCAUGCAGCUUCGGAAUCCCACUGUCCUGUUGGUGCCAGAUGGCUCUAAAGUGUAUAUCAGGGCUGCACUGCUGCCAAGUUCAUGCAACUCCAGCAGCCUGUUCCGCACAAAAGUUCAAAGUGUUGCAGAGAGUCUUGUCUUCAGCGAGAUAUUCAGGGUAGCCAUCGCCCAAACUGCUUUGCGUCAAAAGACAUUACGAGUUGAUGUCUGCUCUGUGGGGAAGUCACAGACAGAGGAUUGCCUGGCUGGAACCCAAAUUAGUCUGGCAGAAGUCUCUUGCUAUGACGAGACCUCCACUAGCUGGUACAAUAUGCUUCAUUUCAAAAACCUGAACAUUCAGAACCCAAAUAACAGAGAGCAAAGUGAGGAAUCCUCAGUCAUACCUCAGCCUUGCAGUGACUCAGAUAAGGAUGCUGUAUCUGAACUCUUGGAGAGGACAUCUGCUGAACUGCAGGCAGUAGAACAGGAACUGGCUACAGAGGAAGGAGACACUACAGAAGGCGAAGACUGGUUGGAAAUGCUGGUGGAAGACAAUGCUGAGACAUUGGAAGAAGGAGAUGAACAUGGCAAAGAGGCAGAAGAAGAGGAACAAUAUACUACAGAACUGACUGUACUUCAAGAGGCAACCAGAAAUGUGAUUGAGGAAGUGAGGAGUGAUGUUGCAGAGACUCAUGCAGUGUUGCCAACUCUGGUGGACAAGGAAAUGAACACAGAGGAAACAGUGCCAGAGUGUGUGGCUGUCAGGCCGAAGGACAGAACCAACCUGAACAGCAGGCAAAGGAGUUUUGUGAGGAACAGCAUGAUUGUAAGAUCACAAACCUUUUCUCCAGGAGAACGAAAUCAGUACAUUUGUAGGUUGAAUCGAAGUGACAGUGACAGUUCAACUUUAGCCAAAAAGUCUCCUUUUGUGCGCAAUGCCACAGAACGGCGAAGUUUACGAGUUAAAAGGGCCCUUUGCCAACCACUUGUGAGACGGGCAACUCCAGAACAUCCUCUCCGCACCUCUCUUGACUUGGAGCUGGAUCUCCAGGCAUCACUAACUCGGCAAAGUCGGCUGAAUGAUGAGCUCCAUGUGCUCAGGGAACUGAAAAACAGGCUCGAGGAGGUGAAAGCUAAAGGAGAGACAGAACUACCCUCUUGGGUGUUGGAAGAUGACAGAUUCCAGAAGCUUCUGAAACAAGCAGAAAAGCAGGCCGAGCAAACAAAAGAAGAACAAAAGCAAGAGUGGAAGGCAGAGAAGCUGAUGAAGAAAGCCUCAAAGGAGGUGUGCAGAUUGCGGGAGCAGAGCCAGAAGGUGCCACUGCAAGUCCAAUCAUUCAGGGAGAAGAUGGCGUUUUUCACCAGAGCAAAGAUCAGCAUCCCUUCGCUUCCUGCUGAUGAUGUCUAAUAUCUUUUAUUAUGUAGAUUACAAAGUAUUUUUCAUCAUUUUGAUAGUUAACUGGUUAAAAUCUUUUUAAAGCAUUCUGGUGGUUUAGAUAUAACAUAUUUGUAAAAUAAUUGUAUUUCAAUACCUCUCUAUAUGUAAAAAAUGGUUUUUAAACAGAGAAAAACCAAAGUAGUGUAAUUCGGAACCAGUUUCUGCUACUUUUGUACAGUUUGUAUGUAUUUUUGAUUUGCUUUUAUUUUGUAAAGAUGGGGUACAGGAAUGGUGGUAGUUCAGAAAAUGUAUUCUGUUGAACAGCACUGCAUUUUAAAGAAAAGAAAUUCCCCGUUCAACAGGAGAUAUUUUAUUCUUGUCAAUGUUUUCAUAAGAUCAGACUGUGAGGAUGGCUGUGAGCCACGUAAUAUUUUUGUAUAAGAGUGUGAAGUUGUGGCUUUGGUUCCUUUCAGCAAGCGUGCUCCUCAGCUCUGCUUCUUAAGACUGGCGCUUGCAUUGAUUCACAUCUCUCCUGCUCCCCCACUUUUCUUUUCUAUUGCUCUUAUUCUCAUAUUAUGAAAGGAUGGAGUGAAUUUAUGGGUGUUGAAUCUGUAACUCCUUUCUGUAUGGAGUGCAAAAGUAUUGGCCACAGCGCCACUGAUGCCUUUCAAUGGUGUUCUGAUGUGGGCAGCGAGAUAUUUUACCCCCAGCCCACCUCACCCUUCAUUACUACCCAUAAAAUAAAUCAUGUGUGCUCCUGUUCGUUUUACAAAGGGGAAAACAUUCAGUUGACUCUUUUUGUACUGCUUUUUGCUUUUAUCUAUUGAAUGAUAGGUUCUACCACACGCUGAAUGCUAACACUAGCAACCUUUUUGGUAUAUCAUUUAUGUAAAGGCAUUUCCCAUUAUAAAAAUGUAAUGAAAAGAUUGCCAUUGUCAGUGAUUCGCAUAUGAUAGUCCCUGAUAUAUGAAGGACGUGUUUUGUGUAAAUUUCCAGUACUGAUUAUUGUUGAGAGAGAUUUAGGUCUUAAUUGGCAUUGGGUAGAAUUAAUAUUCUGCUGUUUAAAAAUGUGAUUUUUGUUUAAAAUAAUAAUUCUCUGAAGCAGACUUAUCAAAGUAGGUUAUUCAGGAUCUGAGCCUUCCUAAAAUUCCCUAGAACAAUAUAUAAAACCUCCUCCAUUUAAAAUAAAUAAUUAAUAAUGCAAAUAUGGAAUACCACUUUGUUAUGUAGAUCAGAGAGAUAGACCAAUGGAAUAAUAAAUUCUUUUCCUCUUCAUAGUGUUUCCUAAAUAUAUAUUUUCAUGCCAGAGCCUUGUUUUGAGUUUUUUUUCAAUGUUGCUGUAAGAAUCUUAAGCAAAAGGUUAAAACUGGAGAGGUUUAAGAGCUCAUGCAAAUGAAAUGUUUUGAGUGAAUUGAACAAGGAUAAUUAAAAGUCCCUGUGAAGUGGUAAUUGUGAUAGAAAAUGUGGGGUGAUGAUUUUAUUACUCUGUUGCUGGAUCCCUACAGAAUACAUAUAUAUUUUCCAAUUACACCAAUGAUAUUUUUUCCUACUCUUGCAAACAUGCUUUCAACAAAUAUGUUAAAACGUUUUUGUAAACAGUAGUAAACCAUAGUGAAAUUGUAUGUAGAAUAACGAAUGGCCAGAUAUACAUUACAAACAUGCCAAGUGGACUGAAGGCACAUUUAAUCAGUGCCACUCGUCCACAGACAAACCUAAAUUCUCUGAUGUAAUGUAUACUUUACUACAGUAAUCCAUCCUCUCAUCAUCCAUGUAUUUUUGCACAAUAUAUAUAAAAAGAAAAUAUUUUUACACAUCCACUUUAUUUUUUAAAAAAAGUUUAAAGCAAACAGGUUGAGUGGACUGAAAGGAACAAUGUUUUACAUGAGGUGAACAGAUCACAAGGGGUGGUUUGUAAGGAAAAAUUGGUCUUGUGACAUCAGAGAUGAAAAGAUAUAAGAAUGCCAUAUUCCAAUGUAAGAAUGUGCAAAUUGCAGCAUUUUUUCAGAAAAGGUGAGGGGGCUCGGUACCCUGUAUAUAUUAUAUUAGAAUAAUAUUUGGUAUGGUGUAUUAUAUUUUUAAGAAGCUCUGGUGUUUCUACAAUUUAUAGAUAUGUAAAAGUUUGAGAGUUAAUUUUUUUUCACAGUUAAGCACGCACUUUGAAUGUGUAAAUUAAUGAAAGAAAAGAAAGCUUGAAAAGGAUCUAACAGCAAAGUAAUCAUUUCUGCUCCUCCAUACAACUGGUGACUUAACCUGAGGUAUUUUCGGAAAAACAAAGGAACUGGACUUUUGAUUUCUGACUUUUGUCCAAAGUAGUAGCCAGUUCCAGUUCGGCAGAAUCCAAAGCAGGAAUUUGAAUGUUGUGUGAAGGCUACUUGUGUCUCUUGUGAUUUGCAAAGAUGUUUCAGUUGACCCUAUGUUUGUGUGAAGAUGGUGCAUGAAAACAAAGUAUUAAAAUUCUUCCCCCUCUUCCGCCCCGAUCAACAUAACCAUUAUUAUAAGGUCAUCAUUACUUCUAUUUUCUAUUUAGUUGACUACUAGAAGUUCUUUCUCUAAUAUCUUACAAGGUCAACAUUAAGCUGGAAAAAUUCUGUGACUAUUUAAUGUAGAACUCAAUGAAAUGAAGGUUGCUGUUUCAGCUUGCAUGUUUAUGUCUGAUAUGUAAAAAGUAUUUAGAGUGAUAUGCUUAGAAUUAUGCCUUUGAAAGCUGUCUGUUUAUUUAUUACAGUCUUAUUUAUGUUUGGUUCUGUAUAGUUCAGUUCUGGGCAUUUAAGAGUUUUAUUUCCCCUGUGAACACUUCAGUUGGUGCAUUCUGAUGUUUGUGGUUGUUUUCAAAAGAGCAGUUGAAAGAUGUAUUCAUAGAUUACUUUAUUUAAAAUAAGCGGUUCAACAGGUUGGCAUAUAAUCUAUUUCAUGCCCUACCUUUCUCAAAAUGAGCUUUGUAUUCUUCAAAGUGGUAAAGCAGUACUAUUAAAACCAGCAAGAGUUAGGCUGUAACUGGGAAUCCUCCUGUAAUCUGAAACACUCAUCUGUUUGCUCUUUGUCUCUUAUUAGAUCAUAGGACCUGAGUAAUUAUUCAUUAAAGAUUUAUUUUGAGGAUUGAAUUGUAGCUUUUCAAAAAUAGCACAUUUUCUGUAUUUCUGUAUUAGGUUGACUUGUGAAGUAAGCAGAUUUCAUUAUAAUAAACGAGGUAGCCAUCACUCUGGUAGAUAAGAAACUAAUUAUCUAAAAUUACCCUUGAGCCUAUCUUUUCCUACAAUGAGUUUUCAAUUUUCUUUCUCUCUGUGCUGAUUGCCUUCAUUCUAACCACUGGUGCAAUACAUAUAUAAUAUAGUUGCACAUCUUACUGAUUUACCAGUUAUAAUGACUAAAACUCACAUCUUUGAGUCUCACACUGUGAAUUUUUUUUCUACACGAAAAUAAAAGAAAAAUUGUUUUAAAAGGUGUUAUCUUUCAUAUUGAAUUGCAUUUAAAUGACCAUAAGAAUGUGAGUUACGCUGUUGCAAGUAUUUCUUUCAGCAGUAGUCUUAUCAAAGAUGGUACCUUUGUCUUAGGUCUUAAUUCAACUUUCCAGCCUUUUGCUCUUGCGAGGAAAGAGUAUUAUGCAUAUUUGAGGUCAAAUGCUCAGAUCUGAUCUAUUUGAACUGGUUAUCCUGAGACUAUGCUUUUCAUUCUAACUUUUAGAUCUCCUGUAGUGUUCAAAUAAAAUGUCACAUUGAGUAUUGUGGUCUCUGCACUUUUCCACAUGUUUCAAUGAUUGAUUAAAAAAAAGUUUUUGGAAGAAAAA